UGUCUGUCUGUGCGUCUCUGUCCAAAUCAAACAUGGAAUCCAGACAACACGGUUUCCUUCUCACCUGGAAUUUUCUCUUGGUUUUCCUCGUAAUCGACUUCAAUGCAGGCGUGGAUGUCAAAUGCCAAGUGCAGGAGAACAUGUUGUACAUCUUCUGGAAUAUGAAUACAACUUGGUAUUCAUCUUCAAUAUUCUGCAAAAAAUACCAAAGCCAUCUGCCUUACCUCAAAGACAUGCAAUCAGUGAAAGCAACUGAAAAAGCAAUCCACCAAAUAAUACCACGACACAAGCAUUCCAAUUACUGGAUUGGAUUACAAAGUUUCUCCAGAGGAAGGGACCAACAAUGGCAAUGGGAAGACGGCACUCAUUUGAACUUUAGUCUCUGGAGCAAGAAACAUCAUACCAUUAUCUUUAACUACCAUUACUGUGGCUACCUGGAAUCAGGGUAUAGAUGGAUGUAUAAAAAAUGCAAGGAUAAAUCAUGGAUCGUCUGUGUUACGGAGAACUAUGGCUGGUCAAAAUGGACUCCUUGGUCUGCAUGUGAUUGUCGUACCAACAAAGUACAACGGUCAAGAACCUGUCAAACAAUACCACAUCUCUCUGGAUGCAACACCUGUAAUGGUCCGAUCAACUUUGAAGUGAAGGCCUGCAAAUGUUCUAGCAGAAAGAUGAAGUUCCAGAAAUUUCCUUGGAAGAAUGCUCCCAAGAAAUUUCUUCCUUCUCCAAUUGGAGUUUCCAGUCUCCAGGGCUGUGCAAGCAUUUGCUUUGAGAAUCAAAACUGCAGCAGUUUUGUUAAAGAGAAAAACGAAUGUCACUUAUUCACAGAUCUUAAGGGUGUCGGUCAGCCGAAUAACUAUUCAUUUACAUAUGGUUAUAGACUAACAGAGUACAAUGGAAAUUAGUAAUUUGUAAUUUGAAUGUUGCUUUAAUGAAAAUGAUUAAAAUAUAUUGAAAGUUUGUUUUUAACAGUGGAAUUUGAAGCAGAUAAAGCUAUAUAACUUGUAGAUAAAGUUAGAAAUAAUUCUCCAUGUAGAUAGAAAAAGUUUUAAAAUGCCUUCAACAUUUUCUUUCCAAAUAGGUUUUUCUCAUUCUAUUAUUUAUAGUUUUAUCUAAAGUGGUGAACUGGUGGAAUUGGUAGUGGUUCAGCCAAAAUGCUCGGCUCUAUUUCUUCCCAGCUCUUUACGUUCUGGGUUCAAGUUCUACUGAGGUCGACUUUGCCUUUCGUCCUAUUGGGGUUGGUAAAAUAAGUACCAGACAAGCACUGGAGUUGAUGGAAUCGAUGACUAGCCUGCUCCUUCCUUAGUGGCAUUUCUUCUGGAUUUUUGGUUCCAGGAUUGAUAAGAUAAGUACCAGUUGAGAACUAGGGUUGAUGUAAUUGACAACUAGCCCCCUCCUUCAAAAUUUCAG